AAGAACGUUUUGGCGGGCUCGGCUCGGGUGCCUCAACCGCGAGGUCUCCGUCUCCUCGGAACGGUGUUUCGGCGCGGCUCCCGAGCGCUAGAAGGGCCAGCUCGGCUCGCAUCGUCAUCGAUCACUCACAAAAAACAAGAAAUUCCUAGCUUCGGUCUCCAAGGCUGGACAAUGUGGUGUACUGGAAAGAGCAAGAGGGCUGGUUCGAAAUCCACGGAUUCAAUAACUGAGGAUGAUAUAACUCCAUCCUCUUCUACCAGCAGAGAUCCUUCUAGUUCCUCAGUAACUUCUGGCACCGAAGAAGAACCAAGCCCAGUCUUCCAAAGCUCAUCUGAGACAAAAUGGGAGGUAGAUACGGAAGAUUACACUAAGGAGCUCACCUGCAUGCUGUGCCUGGAAUUCUUCCGAGAGCCCAUGAUCCUGCCGUGCAGCCACAACUUCUGCAAAUCGUGCAUCGAGAACAUAUGGCUUAAAAGGGGGGCCUUCACCUGCCCAGAAUGCCGAACGAAGCAUUUGGAGAAAAAGUACAUCGAGAACCCCGUGCUGCAGAAGAUGGUGGAGAAGAAGCUCAAGAGCUAUCAUGUGGGGAGCACCCAGCAGAAGUGCUUGGAGCACAACGAACCAGUGACGCUUUACUGGAAGACACAGAAGAAACUUGCCUGCUUCAGCUGCAGAGAAGAUCAGAAGCCCCAAGACCAAAGCACCCAGUUCCUCCUCAUCCCAGACGCUGUGCAGAUCUAUACGGGAAAACUGAUCACCAAGAGAAUUCAGCUGCGGUCCAUCUUAGUGGAGCUAGAGUUGUUGAAGAACACUCAGGAAGAGAAGAUUUCUAACCAUAAAGAGAACAAGUUGCAGCUUCAGUACCACGUCUCCUUGGAAUUCCUAAAACUGCACCAGUUUCUUCACAGCAAGGAGAAAAAGCUCAUCCAGCAGUUAAAGGAAGAGGAUGAAGUCCUUGUCCAUGAAAUGGAGGCAAAUUUAAACCUACUCCAGGACCGAUCUCAGAAUGCUAAGAAUACCCUGGGGCACAUUCAGACCCGGUUGUACCAGCAGAAUUCUGCUGACUUCCUAAAAGAAAUAGAAGUCUUUGUGGAUUGGGUGGAGAAGAAAACAGAACACUUCUCUCUGAGCCAGCUGGUCUUGAGAUUUCUGGACCCAGGGGAGUAUAAAGGGCCAAUGCAAUACAUGGUGUGGAAGGAAAUGAAGUCCAUCCUUAACCCAGAUAUUUCUGUCUUGGCUCUCGACCCUGCGACGGCACACCCAAACCUGGUUCUUUCUGAAGGCCUGACUUGCGUAAGACACGACGAUUCAAAGCAAUCGCUGCCAGACACCCCCGAGAGAUUUGACUGCAGCGUUUCCAUCCUGGGAUCAAAAGGGUUUGCUUCUGGGAAGCACUACUGGGAGGUGAAGGUGGAGAAGAAGACCAAGUGGACUCUGGGAGUCGUCAAAGAGAGCAUUAACCGUAAAGGCAACUAUUCCUUGUCACCUAAAGCCGGCCACUGGCUUAUCAAGCUAAGGUACAAGGACAAGUUAAAGGCUGUGGAUGUGCCUCCCCACUGCCUCACCCUGUCUGGCACACUUUCUCGAAUUGGGGUGUACCUGGAUUAUGAGGGAGGUCAGGUGUCCUUUUACGAUGCAGAAAAUCUGACUCACAUCUACACUUUCAUGGACACUUUUGCGGAGAAGCUUUACCCUUACUUCUGUCCGUGUCUGAACGACUCUGGGGAAAACAAAGCUCCGCUGAGAAUUGUGACUUUUAGCAUGUAAAUGGGCUGUGAUCAAGCUUCUUUAAAUUUUUAAACUUUAUCAGAUCUUAAAAAUGUUUAAACUUUAUCAGAUCUUAAAAAUGUUGAAUUACAGUUAACAGUAUUGUAUUUACACCCUACUAUAGUAAAAAGAUAUAUUUGUAGCAAAUGCAAGAAAUGUUAUGAAUAACAGCAAUUAAGGUGGUUAUUUUAAAAAAAAUUACAUGUUUGUUGUUGGUGACUCCUAGUGGCUACAGUUAUGAUAAAAUGUAAGUUAAAAUAAAGCCAGAAAAUAAGAGACAACAAUUUGAGUCUUAAAAAAUACAUUAAAUUUCAUCAGAUUUGUUCCAAUAUAACAAAAUACACAUCAUGCGUUCUUGUCUAUUAAAAGUUUUUUUUUUUUAAUGACAGAAGUUCAGAUAUUUUACUAAUUGGGCUAUCUGGAUUUUACCACCUAGGACACUGAAAAUGCCUCACUUUUAAAACAGUAAUCCUCAGUAACUUCUAAAAUAAAGUAUGGGAUUAUAAACAUCUCUUAAUGGGAUAAACACUUGUUUUCUUCUGAAAUCAGGCUGCCUUUAUAGCACUCAUAAUUGAUAGGCUCCUCUUUAUUUGGCCAGUAAACAAAUUCAUCUGCAGCCAUAUUUUAACUAUCUGGAAGCAUUACAAAGAUCUGAGCAUUGUGGUCCCAUCUCAUUCUCUGGAAAUUUUUGACAGUAUGUAGAACAGGAUGCUGAAUAGCAGUUAUUCGUUGCUUUGAUGAUAACCAGCACAAUAUCAGCAACUUGCAUUUCUCCUUGAUGCUAACCAGGAGGAUAGUUCAGAUUUUAUUUCGCCAAAAAAAAGCAAUCCAGUCCCCUGAAUCACCUGGUACCAGGAAUACUAUUGGUUCUUUGUGAAGACUUGCUGUAUUUGGCUAGUGUCAUCAGUGGUCUGCUGAUGCUCUGUCUUUUGGGAGAUGUUUUUUGUCAAAGAAGAAAAGCAAGUUUGAGCCAUUCUUUUUACUGUUCUUGUGUCAUUGACCAUUCUCCUAGUUGGGCUGUGAUAGGGGCCGGUUUUGAUUUUAUUGCUUCUUUUUCAGUUUUAUGAGGCAGUUCAUGGAGUAGUCUUGAAGAUCUUGAAACAUUAUUAAGCAUUGUAUUAAGAGAAACUAUUCUGAAGCCAUCACCAGUAAAUAUCCCAUUUUCUCUUUUUUCAUAUUAAUGGGCAGAUAGUCUCAUCAAUAAAGACUCUGGUGACUGUUAUUCCAAACCAGAGUUUGAGUCCAGUGGCACUUUUAUGACCAACAAAGUUUUAUUCAUGAUAUAAGCUUUCUUGCAUAAGUACGCUUAUAUCACAAAUAAAACGGUCUUAAAGGUGCCACUGGACUCAAACGUCAUCCUGUUAUUCCAAACUGCGUGAGAAAUUUACACAUUGUUAAUAACAUCUGUGGAAUGGUUGGUUGGAAUAAGGUGAGAAGCAGUCUCACUCCUGACUGCAAAUUUGCCAGCUUUUCAACAUUGAUAAGAUUUAUAAGGAAACUGUUCUCAAAAUUGAAUAUUUGAUAUUGUGCCUGUUUUGCCAGUGACCAUAGUUUAGGUCAUUUUCUAGGACAUAUAUUGCUAUCUGGUUGUUUUGCAAUUGAUAUGUCAUUUCACAGGUAGACAUCUGCUUAAGUUUCUUCUAAUCUAUAGGCUUAGUAGACUGCAACCUCUGAAUCAUUGGCUAUAUUACCCUAUAAGCCUUUUGAAGAGGCAGAACUUAGAGCCUCCUGAAUAGGAGCUUUGGGACAUUGAUUGAGCUGUUUUAGUUGUGCCAAAAUGUAGUUCAGUUGUUGAAAGAUCUCAUUUACUGUUUGUGAAGUCAGUAAACUGAUCUCUAACGAAUUUCAGCAAAUAGUCUUUUAAAUGGUCUAAGUCCAGUUUAUGUUUCUCAUUGUUGCCCUGUUGGGCUAGUUUUUCCUCCAUCAAAUAGUUUUAAGAGAGUUGUCCCUGAAGAUGGUUAUCUAAAGAAGACUAAGUUGUUAGGUCUUGUUCUAUAUCUGUUUCUAAGGCUUCAUGCCUUUUUGGUGAGUAAAAGAUAGGCCAAUCAUUUUCAAUGCCCCUUGGAAAAGGAGGGUCAUCAGUUUUAAUUUGUUCUGCAUACUUGGUCUGUCCUGGGUCCCCCCCCUCCCUUUUAAAUGGAUGCAUACAGCUUGUGAUUGGAAUUUGUCCUCCAUUUUCCCCCCUUGUUCUUAUAAGGACUCAUAACUUGCAGCUUGUUAUCUAUAAACAGUCUAAUAACUUUUUGGCAUUCCCAAAUUUUUAAAAAGCUAAAGCUUUCAUACAUCUUUUGUUUUGCUUUGAUCAAAUCCAAGAAAUGAACAGUUAUCUCAGUUUUACAUUUAUGUUGGUCAGCACCUGAGGGGCAAAUAUUUAUGUAUGUUCUUUGUCUUAUCCCACUUUUAUAUUAAAUAAAGGAUUGAUUUGGAUUUA